AUGUCAUUUCAAUCUACCUUCUAUCGUUCACUGAUUUACUUCCAUGCAUUCAUCGCUAUUGCUGAGUUUGUAUUAACUUUCACUCUGAUUAUAACUGUUUUACAUAAUCCCGAAUUAUUUUUCAAAAUAACCGGCCCUGAUGAUGAAGAUUGGGAACUGAUUGCUGAAGGCUAUCGAAUUGCUAUCUGGAUUCUAUUUCUCAUAGGUACCAUUCGCACGGUGAUCAUGCUUGCAUUUGUUUUUCUAAUAAUAUUUUCGAUAUCCACCUGUUUGUGUCUUUCUUGCUUGCUGUGUUGUCGCGAACAGACGGCUAGUUUCUUUACAGCAAAAUCUACACAUCGUUGUCUGUCUUUCAAUUGUAAUUGCCCAUGUUAUCGUGCGCGUCCCACACUGCGUUUUCAACUGAAAUUCGCAUAUUCUGUUAUCAUGCUUUGUGUUCGUGUAGCAACCAUAGUGAUUUGUCUUACAAUAAGACACCACGUUACAGCAAAAAGUUUGGCAAUUAUCAUAGGCAUGUCAUUUUUUUUCUUGAUAUUGGCUUGUCUUUUGGAUUAUUAUCAUUAUCGUGUAUGGUGGCAUUACAAACCGCAAUUUACUGAUAUUGGAUUUUUCUUCGAGAUGCCAACGACGCCACUUUCGCGAAAACAUAAACGAUAUAUUCCUUAUCAUUUGUUGGGUGAUCACCGCACUGAAAGUUUCGGCGAUAAAACAUGUUCUGCCGGCGCAGACUGUAAAAAUCGUCAGUUGGAACAUAUAUUCAUAUUUCAUUUUCGAGGUUACAAUCCCCAGCGACGCUAUUUUGACAUUAUUCGAGCAGAUAAUCCGAAAAAUCUUUAUAUUGGUUUUCAUCAGACUGAUCCUGCUUCAGCUGUCCUAAUUGCUCAUUCAGAUUUCAGGAUCAGUACUGGCCCUAGAAGCACAAUGCUAGGACACGGAAUUUACUUUGCUCGAUCAAGAGAGGGCACAGAAAACAAAGCAAAUCGUCGCGGUGCUUUUAUAUGUGCUGAAAUUAAUAUGGGAAGAGUGCUUCGUAUCCGAUCGCGCGAAAGAUUUGUGUACAGUGGGAAGAAAACUUGGUGGAGAAAGCACGACACAGCAUAUUACUGCCAUCCAGAUCCUAAAUUCGAUGAAUUUUGUGUGAAAAGUCCAGAUCAAAUAUUAAGAUGGAUUAUAGUAAUCGAAAAACGAUUCGACAGAAAAGUCGAAAACUAUGGAUUAGAUACCGAAUUUGACGACACAAAAUGUGGAUGUUUCUAG